GUUCUGAGUACGGCCAAGUUGAAUGCGACAGGUCACCGAUGGGUGGCAGAGUUGGCGGACUAUAACUUCAGCAUCAAGUACCGACCUGGGAAAGCCAAUGCAUACGCAGAUGUGCUGUCAAGAGUACCACGUCCAAGUCCAGGAGAUGCUGAGCGGUUUAUGGCUACCUGCACAGAAGAAGUGAGUGGUGAUGUACUGAGUGCCACCACCCAGGCCAUGCAGGCAGUUGAUCAAGGAGAUGCCACAUGGAUAAGUGCUAUCACUACGAACAUUGACAGUCUACCACCUGAAGACAAGAGUGCAAGUAUGGGACCAUUGAGCAAGAAGGAGAUCGGUGAAGCGCAACGUCGAGACUCAGCCAUUAGAAAAGUAAUUGAACUGAAAGAAGAAGGGAGGAAUCCCACUACCCGAGAGAGGCAAGACAACUCAUUCGGUACAAGAGAGUACAUGCGGGAGUGGAAAAGGCUUCAGAUCGAUGAUGAGGGCAUUCUCCGCCGGAGAGCUGGUCCAGUUCUGCAAAUAGUGCUUCCAAAGGACUAUAGAAACGUUGUGUACCAAGAACUACAUGACAAAAUGGGCCAUCUGGGAGCAGACAGGGUUGUCAGCCUGGCAAGACAACGGUUCUACUGGCCAAAGAUGCAGAGAGACAUAGUUGAAUACUGCACCUCCAAGUGUCAGUGCAUUAAGCGCCGGAAGCCAAACAUUCCAGACAAAGCUCCACUUACUAACAUCAUCACCACUGAGCCGCUACAACUGGUGUCUAUUGACUAUGUCCACCUUGAAAGGAGCAAAGGUGGCUACGAGUACAUUCUGGUGGUUGUGGACCAUUUCACACGGUUUGCUCAAGCAUAUGCCACCAGGAAUAAGGCAGGGAGAACAGCAGCAGAGAAGCUCUUCAAUGACUUCAUUCCUAGAUUCGGGUAUCCUCUCAAGAUUCACCAUGAUCAAGGAGCGGAGUUUGAAAACAGGUUGUUUCAACGCCUACAUCAGCUGAGUGGAGUGUCGCCCUCGAGAACAACUCCCUAUCACCCCCAGGGAAACGGUCAAGUGGAGAGGUUUAAUCGGACUUUGCUAGCGAUGUUACGUGCUCUCCCAGAAUCCCAGAAGACAGAUUGGAAGGCAUCUCUUAACAAGGUGGUUCAUGCGUACAACUGCACCCGACAUGAGAGCACCGGUUACUCUCCCCACUUCCUGUUGUAUGGACAUCACCCCCGACUGCCAGUGGACCUUAUGUUUGGGAUUGAAGACAAGGAGCAUGAGGUUCAAUCAUAUCCUGAGUAUGUCAAGAGAUGGAAAAGGGGCAUGCAGGAGGCCUACAGGAUUGCGAGUCAGCAGGCCAGGAAAACAAGUGGAAAAGGGACGGAACAGUACGACAGAAAGGUGCACGGUCUCAGUCUGUCCAGUGGUGACCGGGUCCUUGUUAGAAAUAUGACGGACCGAGGAGGACCGGGCAAGUUGCGUUCCCACUGGGAGGACAAAAUCCACAUCGUUGUGAAGCAAAAGGGGAAAGAUAUCCCCGUGUAUGAGGUACGCCCAGAGUGCCAAGAGGGAAGAUCACGAGUGUUGCAUAGAAAUAUGUUACUCCCAUGCGAGGGACUGCCCCUAGAGGUCCCAGUUCCCAAACAGAGUAGAAGGAGAACACCUCAAGAGGAGGAGGAGAGAGGUAGUGAGAAAGAAGAAGCUGUGCCCAGCAGAGUAGAAGAAGAUGAAGAGGCUGAACCUGAGAACCAGUCAGAAGCUGUGCCCAAGCAGGGUAGAAGAAGAUGA